GGCUCUCAGCGCAGGAAGCCUAGUGCUAUGAAAAGGCAGAGGAAGGAGCCUCUCCACCUCCAAGGAGCUAAUCAGUCAGGAGCAGGCGGAGUUGGGGUGGAGAAGAGGUGGGGAAGUGGACGAGGGAACAGAGACACUGGCUGGCAAGGACACGCUGUCACAGAGGGAAGCUCCCCACAUCUGCAGCUGGGCUUACAACAGGGUGGAUAGAGCGAGCGAGCUGUGUGAGCGAUUAAAGCAAAAGCUGACAUGAAUUGUGUUGGGAAGACUUUUUGUACCUUCGUUCUGCUCACUGUCACUGUGGCCGUGAUACCAAUGGAUGACAGAGUAUCUAAAAUAGCUGGUUCCAGCAUUAAUCUGAACUGUAGUAACGUUUCAAUGGUGGAUCUGGUAGCAGUAAUAUGGACGAUAAGACCAAGGACUGGAAAUCACUGCCAACUGGCAUAUAGACGUGAUCUGAACAAGACAAACAGAACAAACUGCAGUGAGAGAAUGGAUUGGAAAUAUAGUCCUGAAACUGAUAGUGCACUUCAGAUACGGCAAGUGACACUCACAGAUGAGGGAUGUUAUAGCUGUGAAACUUUAACCAGCGAUGGAACUAUCAUUCGAACCUACACUCUGACUGUAUUAGUCCCUCCUGUGGUGACCUUGACCUGUGACAGUAAAGGGACCGCUGUGUGCAAGGCAGCUGCAGGGAAACCAGCUGCACAGGUCUCUUGGGACCCAACUGGAGAUCCCAGGACUGAGCUUGAAAAUCACACAAAUGGGACAGUGACUGUGCUCAGUAUAUACAGCUCCAAAGAGACUAGUAUCACCUGCCUGGUCUCUCAUCCGGCUUGGAACACGAGCCAAUCCAAGGAAUGCACAUCAGACAUGUUUCUUCAGUGUUUCGCCAUCUGUGCUGGUCUCCUGGGCAUCUUCUUCAUUCUGGUUUUCAUUUUCUUCUGUAAGCGCCACUGUGGCAGAAUUUGUUGUUAAUCCAAAAUCCCUGAGACUGCUCCUACACACAACAUGCAGGUAAGGAAGAGGAUGUAAGUCAAGAUGUCAGUAAAUCUGAGAUGUGCUGCCAAAGUAACUGGGAACAGUGUUAUAUUUUAAGGGAAGCUUUUGGCUCUCCCUGCUUUCUGCAGGUGCAAUAGUUCCACAAACCGUUGCUUGACAAAAGCAGGACAGAGUCCAUCUGCACUCUGAAUACCAAGAACAUGGAACAUGUAACAUGCGCUGUAGUGCACUGCCACAGUCAAGACUCAAACCCAAAAAGCAGCAGCUCUGAGAAUUCCCCCUGAUCAUGCCCCAAAGAGUGUUCUGAGUAUAGCUGUGAUACACCUAGUGGUUUUACAGCAAAGUGGCUGGAGGAGGGGGUUGUUUUGAAAUUUUUUCUUAUUGCUCUAAAUUUAGGCAUUUCUGCCCUCAGCACUGCAACAUCUAAUUGUGUGAGGAGCCCAAGUCUCAUUUUCAAAAGGCAUUUGGGCAUUUAGGAGCCUAAAUACGAUGAUUGUUUUUGCUGCCACAUCAUGAAAUCCUCAUUAGCAUAGAUUGGAACUUAAUCUUAUUUUGCAGCUUUAACCUGGGUUAUUAUUAUUUGUUACUUGUUUGCAAUAGAAGCUCUAGGCACCAACUGAGAUCAGGGCCCCAUUUUGCUCAGUAUUGUACGAAGACAUAGUGAGAGGCCGUCCCCAAAGAUCUUAUAGUCCAAAUAGAUAAGAGACAGAGCAUUGAUGAGAAAACAGAGGUGAAGUAAAUGUCUCCAGUUCACUCAGCAGGUCAGUGACAGAACCAGGCAUCAAUCCCAGUUUUGAGCCCCACUCCAUUGUGCUAGA